AUGGAGCACAGACAGGUUUUAAAUAUCUCCAUUACAAUUCCUUCUUUUUGUAUGACUUACUGUCUUAGUUCCUUGCAGUAUUUUCCCGAGAGUAUAGGCACACCAAGGAAGAAUGAAAUCCUGCUCAUCGCUCCAACUGGGGAAGAGAGUAACAACAGGAAGCAAUUGGAGCAGUACCUGAAGUCACACCUGGCAAUCCUGCAGUAUCUGCGUUUGAUUGGGGGCACUGGUGAGACCCCAAGAAGAUCUGCAAGAAUCAGCGAGAUGGCCAAGGCAACUCCUCCUGAGAAGAAGCACCCAAAGAAGCGAGGCCAAAAAUCAUCUGGUUCAAAGAAAGAUGAAACGGGGACUAUUACUGAAGAAACUGAGGGUGAGAAUGAGGUUCAAAUGCAAGAUGCAGGAAUUGAAAAGGGUAAGGCAGACGAAGAAAAUUAUGGAAAUGCUAAGGGAUUCCAGCAAGCACUGGAAGUUAAAGAGAGAGAAAACGCUGGGGAAGCAGUAAAGGACAAAGCUGCUGAAGAAGCUGGUUCCAGUGAAGUGGCUGAAAAUAGAGCCAUAAGGUUGAAGACUUAG